GCCAGGCGGGCGGGAGGCGGGCGGCCCGGGCGCCAGGCCCCUCCCAGGCGGCGAGCGUCCGGGGCUGCAGGCGGAUGGAUGGGGCUCCUUCAGGCGGCGGCGGCGGCUAUGGUGUGGUGGCCCGCUUCUCCCAGUGCCUGGCGGAAUUUCGGGCGUGGUUAAGAACCAACUGGCUGAGGCUCAACCCCGACAAGCCGGAAGUGAUGCUGCCUUCUGUUGAGUCUUCAAGCCCAGGAGGUUCAGCAACGUCAGAUGACCAUGAAUUUGAUCCAUCAGCUGAUAUGCUGGUUCAUGAUUUUGAUGAUGAGCGGACAUUAGAAGAGGAAGAAAUGAUGGAAGGAGAAACAAACUUCAGUUCUGAAAUAGAGGAUCUUGCGAGGGAAGGCGAUAUGCCGAUUCAUGAGCUCCUGAGCCUUUAUGGCUAUGAUAGUGCUGUCCGGCUGCCUGAGGAAGAAGAGGAGGAAGAGGAGGAAGAGGAAGGGGAAGAUGAUGAAGAUGUCGACAACGAUGACAACAGUGGAUGUAGCGGAGAAAACAAAGAGAAUAUCAAGGAUUCCUCAGGCCAGGAGGAUGAAACUCAGUCGUCCAACGAUGACCCAGCACAGUCUGCGGCUUCUCAGGAUGCCCAGGAAAUCAUCCGCCCGCGUCGAUGUAAAUAUUUUGAUACAAACAGUGAAAUCGAAGAAGAAUCUGAAGAAGAUGAAGACUAUAUUCCAUCGGAAGACUGGAAAAAGGAAAUUAUGGUGGGUUCCGUAUUUCAAGCUGAAAUUCCAGUUGGCAUUUGUAAAUACAAGGAGAAUGAAAAAGUAUAUGAAAAUGAUGACCAGCUUCUGUGGAACCCUGAUUACUUGUUGGAAGAUAAAGUGAUUGAAUUUCUUAAUGAAGCAUCCAGACGAACAGGAGAUGAAAAGGGCGUAGAAGCGAUUCCCGAAGGUUGUCACAUAAAAGACAAUGAGCAGGCCCUGUACGAACUGGUGAAAUGCAAUUUUGAUACAGAAGAAGCCCUGAGAAGACUGAGGUUCAAUGUGAAAGCAGCUCGAGAAGAGCUGUCUGUCUGGACAGAAGAAGAAUGCCGGAAUUUUGAACAAGGCCUGAAAGCGUACGGGAAGGAUUUCCAUUUAAUUCAGGCCAACAAGGUCCGAACGAGGUCUGUUGGGGAGUGUGUCGCCUUUUAUUACAUGUGGAAAAAAUCCGAACGUUACGAUUUCUUUGCUCAGCAAACACGAUUUGGAAAAAAGAAGUACAAUCUUCACCCCGGGGUGACGGAUUACAUGGACCGGCUCUUGGACGAAAGCGAAAGCGCCGCCUCUAGCCGGGCCCCCUCGCCACCCCCGACAGCCUCCAACAGCAGCACCAGCCAGUCGGAGAAGGAAGAUGGCACAAAUAACAGUAACCAGAAUGGCAUAGCCUCAAACGGCCCCGCCGAAGUCUCCAGCAAGGAUGAAGUCAAGGUGGAAGGAUUGCACAUGAACGGGCCCACCGGGGGAAACAAGAAGCCCGUCCACGCGGACGCGGAUACGAACGGCUACGACGCCGACAGCCUGGCCGGCGAGCUCAAACUCGCUCACGUGGCUACCAAGAGUGAAAGUUAUUUUGAUGAUAAAAGCGAGAGACCCGCCAAGAGGCGAAGGGUGAGCAGCAACGGGAGAGAAAGCCCAGGCUCCUCGGAGUUCUUCCAGGAAGCCAUCUCGCAUGGGAAGUUUGAGGAACUGGAAAAUCUAGAUGACUAAAUGUGAGGGCUGUUUUUUAUUCUUUGGAGUAAUUUCUGGUGCGACUAAAAUUUUCAGGGUUGAUGGGUUACCUUAAGUUGAUUUCCUUGAAGCACUCAGUUGAAAUCUGACAUUUUAAAUUGGAUUUUAAUUUUUUGUGAGUUCGUAUUUCUGCCUCGGGCAGACUUUUUUACUUCAGCUGUUUUAAAGACCCUUUUAAAUAUUGAGAACUCCUAUAGUCAGUGAAGGCUGUACAUUUAUCUUUAACAACAGAGAAGCCUAUUACAGAAUUUUAGAGACGUAUUUUAAUACCAAAAACCCUGUUAUUCUGAGAUUGUGAUUUGGGGAGGGUGGAGGGGCGGGGUUAUAUGGGAAAGUGGGGAAGGUUGGUUUGUAUUUAAUUUGAAAAAUCUUCUGCUUAACACCAGCUUUUCUGCUGUUUUUUUUUUUUUGUUUGUUUUGUUUUUAUUUGUUUUUUAAUGUCUAGUAGACCAGAAAAUAGACAUUGCCAUUUUUCUUUCCAUACGAAUUGGGUGUCAUAUUACCGAGGAAACCCUUAUGAAUCCUGAAAGUUAUGCUAGCAUGAUUUUUUUAUAUAUAGAAGUUAAAAAAUAAACCAAGUCAGGUUUGUGUAUGUACAAUUGUUGACAUCAGUGAUGUCUUUCAUAUUCUUAUCUGGGCUUAAGAAAUACAUGCUGUAUUUUUCCAGAUUCUUUGUAGCCUUUGGAAGAUUUUUACAGAACUUAUGUCUUGAUUGAGCUGUCCUUUCUUAAUACAAAAGCUUGUAUAAUUUUCUUAACUUGUACAGUUGGUAAACUUUUAUGAGAAGAGUUGAUAUUCUGAGUCUGUCAGCUUCAUUUUAUUUUGCUAAAGUCUUUUUCUAAUGAAUUUUUAAGUGUUUGUGUAGUAUCUGAGUCAUCUUUUCUUAUUCAGAUGGUUAAAGCAUUCAUAGAGAAUUAUGAGAAUCUGAUUUUUCUAAUUUCUACUUUAGGACAAAUCGUGAGUUUCGAGAAUUCUGAAGUGAUGCAUGAUGCUUGUAUUGCACAGACUUUUGCAUUUGUUUUCCAUUUUAUUUUUGCAGCAACAAGAGCUUAAUGUCAGUUUAAGUGCUUAACUUUAAUUCAAACGUGUUGGCCAGAGUCCUGCUCAGUUAUUUUUAUAUACAUAUCAAAAGGACCCCAUUUUUUGCAUUGAGAUGAGCACGGAGGGAAUGAGAAGAAGUGAUUCUGUUUGUGGGAAUGAAAGGACGGUGGCUUCUCUGGUCAUUGGAAGAAGUGUGAAUCUUUUGUGGGUAGGUCACCUCAUUGUCAUUGAUUUUACGCAGGAAAAUAGUAGUUGGAGAAAGCGUCCGACCUUCCCCAAAACAACUCUUCCGUCUUCGGUUUGGGGAGGAGUCUUUCCUGACGUUGAGAUCCAGAGACUUUAUUAAGUAGCCAUCAGUACAGAAUGACAGAGAACAGAGGAACCUUGGAGUCUUGCUGAAAGGGCAGCUGGGUCUUCCUGCUUUACGCACGGGAUUCUUGCUGAAAACAAUCUUAGGCAGUGGGGGAUGGGGGGCCACCUAGACACUCCUGUACAGACUAUUAGAAGUAAUAUUGCUAAGUACCACACCGAUGUAUUAUAAACCCCUCCUCUCUUUACCUCUGGUGGCCAGCAGCUCAGGAGGCAGGACCAAUGACCCAGCCAAGUAGUCUGUGGUCCUUGGAAUGGCUCCGUCUUUGCCCAGACCUGAGCCUACGACAGAGCCCUUGGUCCCCCCCGUCACAGCUGCUUCCCUCACCAGGGUGAACAACCCUUUCUUCUUCUUCCUGCCCCAGAUCAGUGUUAAAAGCCAUUUUAGAACAGUUUCAUUUCCCACGGUGGACGUUUGCAGGUUUUCCCCAGAGUCUGAAUGGUAGCGUGUGUGGAGGAGAGGCCCGAGAGGUUGGCGACCUAACAUUUCCAUUCCUCCGGAAUGGCGGUAGCUUUAGCAAAGGGAUCGCGAUCCAUAUUCUUCGUCAAGUCCAAAGAUGGUCUAAAAAAGGGUUCCGAGAGAAGGCUGGUGCUAUGUGUCAGAGACCCAUUGUCACUUUGUUUUAUUUUAAGACUCAAAUGCAUCUUUGUUUGCAAGUUUGGGAACAGCGAACUCAUUUGGUAGGAGAAUCCAGAAGUAAGUUGUCCUCGGGCCCGUCUGCAGCUGGGGCUGUCGGGCCUGGGUUCAGAGAUGGCUUUUUACUCUCGCAGUUUGAAGGCGUCCCUAGAGGACGACAUUCCAUGGGGUGCUCUCAUGGCGGAGGCUCAGCUUUUCCCGAAGAAGGAUUGAAUUGUAUUUUCCUGUUUGUGUUUAUUACAGGUAUUUUACAUGAUAUUUUUUUUUCUUGUUCUUCAGCAUACAGCCACUAUAACUUGAGAGGUCAUUGCACUAUUAGUACUUUAAGAUUUUUAGUAAUGUCAUGAGUUUAAUUUGCCUAAGUAAAAUUCACUCUGAUCCAGAACCAGUUCCACCUUGGCGUGGCGCACGGUGUCCGGGCAGAUAAGGGCCAGGAAAUGAUGUUCUCUUUUAUGGAGUUCUUUGAAAUGUUUGCAGAAUCAGAAAUUCGGUUCAACAGAAAUCUUUGGUUGAGCUUUAAAAUAGAUUUGAAGGGAUAUUUUGAAAGACUAGGCAUUGAAAAAUUAUGGAUUAGAUUUUUUUAAAUUCCUGCAUAGUAAUUUUGCACUGUAAGUAAUUUCCAGUUCUCUCCCCAAUCCCUGUCUGCAAUUCUGAAAAACUUAUUAAAAUAUUUUUUUAAACAUG